GUAUCAACCGAAUAUCGCCGCGUAAUGGUCGCGCCGAGCAAACUCCUGGAGCCGCCUCUGAAUCGGAUGCACUGCGCCAUCCUGCACAGCCUGCCGGGCCAGAGUUGCACGAAGGCCCUGUUGUGGAAUCUCUACCGCAACCAUGUGUCCAGUGCCAAGUACUAUUCACCCUUGUUGCUGUUGCCAUUGCUAAUGAAUUGGCGAAAGAUGUCUAAAAACAUGCUGCUUUCUGUGGUCAAGAACUAUGUUCAAUCCGUCAGUUUUGCGGCCUGGAUAAAUGCCAUUACCUUUUACUUGAUAUGCGUGGGAAGGCGUCUUAAUGGUCGAUUCGUAUUCAUAUUCAUACCAUAUCUGCCUUGCUGGAUUGCCUCGCAGCUGAGUUGGUUGAUGCCUCCUCAGGUUCUUCACUUCUUCGUGACUGGCACAACACCAGCAGCAUUAGAAAGCCUAAUGAGAUAUUUCCACUUCGGACUAGUACAUUCACCCAUGGCUCAAACUCUUAUAUUUAUGAUAUGCUCAGUGAUAGUCUUGCACUAUCAGCAGACUCGGAAGUAUUCUGGCUUCUGGUUCAUCCGACCAGCUUCUUUGCCCGACGAUAACAAGGACUGGACGAUCUUGGGGCAAGUGCAGCAGGGUCUCAGGGAGUUGAGGUCAUACCUGGGCAUUGGACUGGCAAUGGAUCUACUCAAUCCCUUGAUGAGGCGAAACAUAAAGCUCUUGCGCCCAAAGAUGACAAGUUUCCUGGCGGGCUAUAUAGGCUUGUUCAAGGUGGUCCAAAUACUUUCGUUGAAAAGAUUGAAUGCAAAUCAAGCCAACGCACUGGCUUCCUUUAUAAGUGGGGCUUCGUUUGCCCUCGUACCAAAUCGCCUGUCUUUCAUGUGUUUCGCUUUUGUAACGGCCAUCCAGGUCAUUUGGAGCCAAGUGUGCGAUACUAAAGAUGAGAAGGCUCCGCUUUUUCCGCUUUCUGCCAUGCGAAAGAUUCCCUGGGCAAGACUGCUGAUACCCUGUAGUUUGCCGUACCUGGUGCACAUUUUCUUUUACCACCAAAGGCUGCUAAAUGAGGUAGCUCGGAGUUUCAUAGACUGCACAUGUGAUAAGAAUGGUCAACGAUUGUUGGAUCUCAUCGGUCUUCCCAAUGUAAACGCGAUACUUAAAGCAGUGGAUAGAACACCUAAAACAUCCUUUUGGUUUUAACUUGCUAGCAAAAUAUAUUGAUAUAAAUAUAUAAAAAUCGUAAACAUUUUCAGAAUAUGUUAUCAUCAAAUCAUUUGCCUUACAUAAGGCGCUUUAAACGACGCGCAUAAAUUAUUGUUAGCAUA